AAAAAAUGUUACCAUAUCCAAACAUUAGUACUACUAUAAUCAUAAAUUCAUAAUCCAGCAGACUAUCUCUAUCCGUUUUCAUUUUUGGACAUUCACAAAUCAGACUUUUACAGUUUACUAAACUGAAACUACAAGUAGUAGUUUCAAAAUUCGUAUUCCUCUCUCUCUUUCUCCCUGUCGGACACACACAACACAAACACACCUUCACCUCCCUCACAAAAGCGGAGGGUGUCAGAUCUCUCCAAACCGAAAUUUCAGCAACUUUCAGAUUCUUUUUAUUUUUUGCACACACACUUUUUCUUUUCUUUUCUCUUCCUUUUCACAAAUCCCGGAAUUUCAGAUAAAUAUCAUUAAUAACAACAACAACAACAAUAAUAAAAAUGGCGGACCCUGCAAUAAAACUCUUUGGCAAAACCAUUCCAUUGCAAGAUAAUGAUAAUGAUAAUGAUAAUGAUAAUGAUGAUCAUUCCAUUCCCUCGGAUUCCACGAAUACAGAGGAUCAUAUUUCUAAAGAUACAGUUUUCGAGGAGAGAGAAAAUCAUAAGGUUGACGAAGAUGGGAAUACAUUGCAGACAAAACAAAAUGGAGUGUCACCUGAGGUUUCAGAUAAGAGUAUUUGUCAAGAAGCGUCAUUAGUAACCCCCGAUAUUCCAGAGGCAUUAUCUAAUGUUGAUGAAAAGGAAGCAGGGGAAUCAUCAAAGUCAGAAGAAGAAAAGGCUGAGACAAGUCCUUCCCAAGAGAAAACUCCAAAGAAACCUGAUAAGAUACUUCCAUGCCCACGGUGUAAUAGUAUGGACACCAAGUUCUGUUACUACAACAAUUACAAUGUCAACCAGCCUCGACACUUUUGCAAAAAUUGCCAAAGAUAUUGGACCGCUGGUGGUACAAUGAGGAAUGUGCCUGUUGGUGCUGGCCGCCGCAAGAACAAGAACUCAGCCUCUCAUUACCGGAACAUCACCAUCCCAGAAGCACUCCAGAAUGCUCGGACUGAAAUUCCUAAUGGGUUGCACCCUGCACUGCCAAAUAAUGGCAUGGUCCUCACAUUCAGCUCAGAUUCACCCCUUUGUGAAUCUAUGGCAUCAAUAUUGAACCUUGCAGAGAAACCAGUGAGGAACUGCCCACCUAAUGCAUUCCAAAAACCAGAGGAUUUGAAAGUUUCCAUUCCCUUUGCAGGCUUGGAAAGUGGAGUUAACCAUGAUGAUGGAUCAAAUUCAAAGGAUGAUGCUAGCAAAUCAGCAGCACCAAAUGAGCCAGCAGCUCAAAAUUGCCUUCCCUUCCCAGCUCAAAUUCCAUGCUACCCCGGGGCACCCUGGCCUUAUCCUUGGAACUCCACUCAAUGGAGCCCACCAGUAGCAGCUCCACCCUUCUGCCCCAAUGGCUUUGCCAUGCCUUUUUAUCCCGCACCUGCUUACUGGGGCUGUGCUGUACCAGGAGCAUGGAAUAUUCCCUGGAUUGCCCAACCAUCUCCUCCGAGUAAUUCAAAUCCAAGCUCUGCCCCAACCUCUCCUUUGGGAAAGCAUUCACGAGAUGGCAAUAUGCUCACUUCGACCAACUCCGAGGAUAAAGAGGUGGAGGAGAACAGUUCCGAGAGAUCUCUUUGGAUACCGAAAACCUUGAGGAUUGAUGAUCCAGGAGAAGCUGCAAAGAGCUCUAUUUGGAGUACCUUGGGGAUCAAGAAUAACGAGAAACCGGAAUCUAUAGGUCGGGGUUUUGGACUUUUUAAGGCAUUCCAGUCAAAGCGUGAAGGGAAUACUCGUAUGGAGACCUCUCCAGUGCUGGAAGCAAAUCCAGCAGCCUUAUCUAGGUCACAAAAUUUUCAAGAGAACACAUGAUGACCCAAUUUGUGUUGGGUCAUUUUCUCUCUUCUUAUGGAACAAGAAGGUUUGCCUUAACAUCUAAUCAUUUGACUAGAACUAAUGAUCGAGGAUUUCUUGAUGGCUUUACUAUGAGGGUAAUCUCGCAACUCACUUGGAAAAGAGGCAAGCCAUGUUCUUCUUUUGCCUUGGCUGGCUCCUUAAGAAUACUGAGACGAAAACUAAAAGCAAUUUCACUAUGAGAUCGAAGAUGAUUUAAUCAGUUCUUUCAUUACGAUCUCUUCACUUUGCUGUUGUCUGUAAUUGUAUAACUUGGUGUUUUGUUUUUGCUUUGGAUUGUUUCCGGAGUUUUUAUUUUAUGUACAUAUAGAUGCAUAAGCGAGAGUGUAGUUUUCUCGGCAUGAUACCUGAUGUACGUAAAUAAGAAGCUGGAAUGCAUGUCUGAAUGGCGUCUGUGACUCUGUGGCAAUAUAAUAUUGUACUCGAUAAUGCUACAGUUAUGUUUGUCCAUUUUAGGUUAAAUAAAAUGCUCUAAAAUGGCAAUGGCAA